AAGAAGAAAGAGAGAAAAGUAGACGAAGAAGAAGACGAGCCGUCUCUAACAAGCCAUGGCUACUGUUGACAGUGGGGUGAAGCCCCUUCAAAAUGCCAUGAAAAUGGCAAAAGUUGCAAUACAACUGGACGGGGGGAACAGACACAAGGUAGGAUUAAAGAUUGCUGGUUCAUAACGAUGACAGGAGUGUUUUAAGCUUACUGAGCACAGACUGUAGAGAUGUAAACAGACGGAGAGGGGCGGGAGCUGUCAGAGGGUUACCGGGAUGAAGUUGGUUUGAAGUUAGUUACUCGACAGACAUUUGCUUUCUUUUUAUAUAAAGAAAUAUUAAUAGGUUGUAAAUGUAAAAACAAGAGGUGUAUUUCAUGCAGCCAGUGGACUACUUUGAUCGCACACUAAUUGAGUCAAUUGAUCACAUUACCUGGAAGCUACUGAGCGAAAUUGUUGAUAUUUAUACAUAAACGUUACUAAAAAAAAUUUUGAGACAUUUACAAGUUCAAAACUGAAAGUGUAUCCCAGUCAGCCAGUGCAGUUCUUUGACCCCACCCUAUUUCUAAGUCAAUUGAUCACCUUCUUUGGAAUGAGAUACGCCUCUUGUUCUUACAUUUCAAAUCUGUCCAUAAUUUUUUAUCAAUUUUUAAAAGGAAGAAGAAUUUUAUUGAUCCCUGAAGGGAAAUUCAAGUUUUAUUUAAAUGUAUGUGUGAAAAAAGUAUGUAUAUAUAGAAGUAUAAAUUUACAUUAAAAUAUUAAAAUAUAAAUAUAAGCAUUUUUUAUCUCAGUAGCUUCUAGGUCAUGUAAUCAAUUGACUCAAAAUCAGCUUGGGAUCGUAGCACUUCUCUGGCUGCAUGAGAUACACCUCUUGUUCUUCCAUUUUUAAUGUAUUAAUUAUUGUGAAUAAAUUUGGAUAUAUAAAUAUAAGCAUUUUAGCUCAGUAGAUUCCAAGAAACGUGUUCAAUUUACUCAAAAUCUGUGUGGGAUCACUGGCUGCUUGCGAUACACCUCUUCUUUUUACAUUUCAAAUCUCUAAUGUAAUAAAUAAAAAUUUGUUUAAAAUAAAUACAUGCAUUCUACUUCAUUUGCUUCCAGGUUUUGGGAUCAAUUGACUCAAAAUCUGUGUGGGAUCAGAGUAGUCCACUUGCUGCAUAAGAAAAAUGUCUUGUUUUUACAUUUCAAGUCUUUCAUUUAAAAAAAAAUGUAUUUUUAAUCAUAAGUAUCAGAAUUCUAGCUUAAUAGCUUCCAGAUAAUGUAAUCAAUUGACUAAAAAUGCAUGUGGGAUCAUAUCAGUCUAUUGGCUGCAUAAUAUAACCUCUUGUUUUUUUAUUUUAAAUGUUUAAAAAUAUGUAUUGAUUUUUAUAUAAAUAUUAGCAUUUUAGCGCACUAGCCUCCAGGUAAUGUGAUGAUAAAUUGACUCAGAAUCAGUGUGGGAUCAUAGAACUCUACUGGCUACAUGAAAUACGCCUGUCAUUUUUAUAUUUUAAGUUUAUUUAUAUUUUUCUAUUAAUUUUCAUAUAAAAAAGUGUUUUUUGUCUGUCCACUAUCCAACCUAGAACUAACUUCACCCCGGUCGGAGGGUUAGCCGGAUGUGAGUCCUGGUUAACGGGAUCUGUGUAAACUCUCAUUCAGCUGUCUUCUCACACUCCAAAUUAACCACAUUAAAAUAUAUGUUUUUAAUUGAACAUAAUAACAUGUGUUUAGUCUUUAAACUGACUGCUCACAGUCCUGUAGUUAAAGCGAAACACCAAUACUUGGGAAGGUUAUUGUCCGAAUGAAGGACGUUGUGUUUGUGCUACAGACUCAUGCAAGUGUGGGAUCAAGUAGGCUCUGUGUGUUCACAUAAAUAUCCUUACUUUACUUCAACUACCAACAUUUUAAUGUCACACGGGUAUUACACUUGUUUUACCAUCAGUUAACCUUAAAAAGUUACACAAUUGGCAACAAAAAUAAACUCAGACAGAAGAUCAUAGUCUAGAUACUUAUAAAAAAAUCUCAUAUAGAAAGAAUCAUAUUUAUCAAUCUGCCAGUAUUGUCUGACUGUUUUGGGUCAACCAUUUUAUAUUCAUAUUAGUGUGUUAUCAAUAAUGUACAACAGCACCUAGCUUUCAGAACUGAGUAAGUUAAACAACACACGGUUCUGCUUAAAGCAUUGAGUUUUUAGUCUAAAUUAGCCAUAUCACUAUUUACUCUUUAACUGGUGAUAUAUAACUUGUGCUUUUAAUAAAAAAACAAAGGAUUGUGUGGAAAUAGGUCUGGAAUCUGUUGGACAUUGUGGACAUAUUAAAGUAAAGCUGGAUAUGAAGGAGUUUGUGCAUACUUACACAAGUCUAAGUCUGGAUUAAAGAAAGGAUAAUAAUACUCUAAUGCUGCUAUAAUCCAGUGAAUUAGUGAUGUCUAUAUAUUAUGUGCAGUGUGCUAUAGGAAUGAAAAAGGAACAACUACAGGACAAAGACUGUCCUAGUCUAAGCACUGAAUCUUCAUAAAGUUUACCUAAAUUGGAAGUGAGAACAGAUUGUUAAAUUAUUCUCUUUACUUUGUCACUAAUUUUUGAAUUUGUUGUUCAGAAAGCAUCAGCAGUUUCAAUUUGUUCAACAGAAGUUUGCCACAAAGGCUAGGCAUAUUUUGUAGUUUGUAAUCAUUAUGAUUAUUUUGCUUCAGAAGCUGCAGUUACUGCAUUUCCUGAAUUCAGUAAUGUUAACAACAUGUUUGCUUUCUUAGGAGGCUUACUGUGAAUAUCUUCGGACUAUCAACUACAUCUCACAUGCACUUUUGGAGGAGGCUGGGUCACAAAGUAAGAUAUGAGAUGUGGAAUACUGUAAAUAACUGUUAAGACUAUGGUCUUUGUGGUGGUUUUCUUUACUGCUUUUAAGAGGGUUUACUCAUUUAUGCAUACCCAAGGAGUAAUUAGUGGCUCUUCAGUCAGCUUUUGAAAAUUAAGGAUACUGCCAUCUACAUUGUAAACCUUGUUUAUGUUAGCUCUAGGUUUUAAAAACCUCUGACAUGGUAACUUAUCGAGAAAAUUAUCUAAAUGCAUGUAUUAGCCAAGAAAAAAGGUAGAUCUGAGCUGUGAACAUGUGACAGUCAUUCUGUAGUUAAUUGUUUUAAAUGGAUAUGAACUUUUUAGCUUGAGUACAACACAUGUAUUGUAUGUUGGGACCAAACUUAAUCAGACAUCAAAUGUUAUGUGAUGACCUUUAGACAGUAGUCCUGUUUUUGAUAAAUUAUGCAUGAAAAUAUUGCUCACAGCUCUCAUGUUUCUCUGUUCUUUUCCCUCAGAAGACAGUGAGAUGGUGGUGGUGGUGGAGGUUGAGCGGAUGUUGAGAUUAGCCGAGCAAUGUCUGGAGCGAGCCAAGUCAUUUAUAGGGAAGAAUGCUGAACCCCCCGACGUCUCUAUCUUUGUGUCUACUCAGUCUGUCUGUCCACCUGGUUUAUCAGAGCCCUGUCAGACUGCUGCUGCCACUUCCUUAAAUACUGGUGAAUUCAUCUCCCUCAAUCAGAGAAAUCUUCUCUAAUCACAUACUGUUCAAUCACUGCUAACACAGAGCCUGCCCAGAGUUCACAAAUCAAAGCAAGCCAGUGUAAAGCCACAUGGUUUUGUCCUCUCAGCCAAUCACGUCUUUUUCUCUCUGUCUUGCCUCUGCUCUCACAGUCUCUCCAAGUGAUACUCCUGUUCGUAAAGCAACCAGCCCAACAAAGUCAGGCCACCGCAGGGUUUUGUCUGAUGGUAGUGGGGAACUUUCUCCUUUCCUGCCGCCUGAAAUCUUCCAGCGAUUACAAACGAUGGAGUCGCAGGACAUGGGCAAGAAGUAAGAGGCCUGAUUUCAUCAGUAAGAGCAAAUAUUGUUCCAUUGAUUGACAGAAGAUGUUAAACAUUGGAGACAAUAACAGGGCUUUGAUGACAGAUUUCUAGGAACUAGUCUCUUCUAUUACCUAGCUAAUUUUCUGUGAAACUGGGUCAAACAGGGUCCUGGCUUUUCCUGUCUUAGAGUAAGUUAUUUUAACUGUAGGCAUGUGAUUGAAAAUAGGAUUAAAAGGUUUGGCUAAUGUAGUUUUCAAGGAUUUAAAGAAGUUGCUGUUUUUUUUUUACUCAGUUCCUUACAAGCCUUUUAUUUAUAACCCCCAUGCUUUAAUAUGUUACUUGAACAGGAUAUGAUGGUUGGCAGAUAGUCCAGUAUGUAGUCAUCACGCUUGUAUAAACUGUUGUGUAAAAUCUUUAUUUUCAGCUGCUAAUCUUACAAAACAUUGACACAUUGCUCUGCCUUCCUAAGAUUUUUUCAAUAUUCCAAAAAACCUAAUUGUGAGAGUGUGUACUGUAAGUCUGUGUGAGGAAAACUGAAGUGAAAAUGAAAGAAAAGGGUGAUUAGGUUCCCCUUAAUUCAACAGCGUUACAGAGUGAAGUGCAUACGUUUGCAAACUAGAAAAUAAGGGCCUCACAUAUUUGACCUAGUUGAUUCAGAGCUCAAUUUGCUAAUAAAGUCUGAAAAAUAGAAUAUCAUGAGAGUAUUCAUUUUCCCCCCAUGUUUAACAAACUAAAACUGUCAUACAUUCAAAAAUUUAUCACAGACAAAGUGAAAUAUUUCAAGACUUUUGUUGUAUUUAGUGAUGAUCAGUACUUACAGCUCACAGAAAUCACAAAUCCCACAUGUCAAAACAUUUAGAUAUGACAAAACACCAAUUUGAAAAAGGAUUUACUUUAGAGAAAUGUCAUACAAUUAUAAUUUUAUGGAAUACUGUUUUUUCUGUAAGCUGUAAAAGGCAAUUGUCAAGAUUUAAGCAAAAAACCUUCAAAAUGGUCAAUUUCCAUUUCACUUCACUUUUACAUUACUUCAUUUUCCUAAUGAUUGCAAAACACUGGUAUGUUUUUUGAUGCUUUUUAAAAGGGCCUACCCACUGAGCCUGCUUACAUCACAUAUGGCUCCCACAAAUCCACACAUUUGGAUCCUGGGACACUUUCAAGUUGGCAUAUCUCUACUGAAAUGUAAACAUAUCCACUUAGUUCUGAACUGAUUUUGAAAAGAAUAUCUUUCACAGAUAAUUGUAAAGUGUCUGAUUUAUUUUGUGUUUUUCAUGAGGUUGGUUAGAAAGAUUGUAACUGCCGAAAAGGAUGACCGUUGUGUCGCACUCAAAGGUGUAAAGUUUGUUCUUUAUGCCUUUGAUACAGCCUACAUGACAAAAUGCUGAUUUGUACAUCAGGUUAUUUUUCCUCACUGUGAUUGCUCACCACAGGGAGCUGACACCUAUUGAAGAAGCAUCCCGUUUGAACCAGAAGUUGAAAGCCAAUUAUGAAGCCCGCCUGGCACGACUCACUCCUGGACAGGCUUAUCAGAAAACAUCUCUGGUAUGUGUGUUUGUUUUUGUUUGAGUGUAGGAAAGACAUCUUCUGUCCUCUGACCAUAUAUUUUGUUGUCUUGAGCUGAAGGUAGUAGAAAUCGAUGAUAAGUACAUGCUGUUAUGUUAUUUUUGACAUUUUUUAACUAACUUACAACCUGUUAGCACCUGUCAAAGGAAUAUUCUCCAAAGACUACUACAGUCAAUUUCAGUGCAGCUAGAUUGAAUUAAGAAAUGUAGAUAAAGUAAUCAGCAACAUUGUAGUUUGAGCAGCCCUGGGUCAAAGAAAGAACGGGUUUGUCAACCUUAGUCAAAGAUAUUAUCUCUGGCUCUUCUGGUUCUGCAUAUCAGGUUGCCCUUGUGCAUGAUACUAAACUCCAGAAUGGCGCUUGAUUGAUUAGUGAAUAGGUGUGUAAAAGAGUAAAUGUUGGAAUUCAGAUGAAACUGACUCAAGUGGUCAGAAGCCUCAUAAGUGCAUUUGAUUGACUUAUGUCAUUUCAUUAACUUAUUUCAAUGAAAUAACAAAAGCAUCACUCUUAUACUCAUGCUCCUAAUCAUAGUAGUGAAAGUACCUGUUUACUUCAACUUCUGAUAAGGUUGUGUUUUGUACCAGAUGCAACUUCAGGUGAAGUUUCAGAGGUUUUGCAGUUGGAUAACCACCUAAUUCUGGUGCUUUUUCAGCGUAUAGGAAACUGAAGUAGGGAACAUAGUAUGGACACUUGUGAUUUUUAUCACUACUAUAGGACCUCGGUGGGUUUCCUUUGCUUUUGGAGCCAGCCUCAAAUGGAAACUCAAAGAACUGUAGUUUCUGCACUCCACUACAAUGGCUCUAUUUGGCACCAGGAGUCAUUGAUUAGUCUGAUAUAUUUAUUUGUAUACAUUCAUGGAUGGUGGGCCUCAAUCUCCCCCCAUUGUAAAUUAAAAGAAAUCAAAGCACUUCCCUCACAGGUGCCGAUAUAUUGCGCUGUCGAUGUAUGUUGGAGCCAGGACAUGUUUAAAGCCUGUGUAGCUGGUAGAGCUGCAGAGUUGACUUCUAACCAAAACACAUAACUCACCCCUCAGCAAGUGUCCUGUCACAGAUCCCCUACAGUCUGCAGUAGAACAGGUUUUUGUGUGUUUGAAACAGACAAUUCUCGGCAUAAAUCAGCAUGAUAAAAACCAGCUAUAAUGGCAGACAAUGGCCCUCAUUCAUCAAACGAACAUAAAGCAGAAAACUGUCUGUACAACCACCAUACAACCACCACGCAAUUUAUCAAUUUGGAUGUGCGUGUACGAUACGAUCAAGUGCGGAUUUGCGGUGCAGCGCAGCAAAAUCUGGCUUUCUCAAAAUAAUAACCUCAAACCUGUCAUUAAGCACAAGCAGCCAGAUUUCCUUAGAGAUUAAGAAGUAAAUGAAAUAAUUGGUUGUGCACUACAAGGCCAUGUAGCGCCUGAGUCGAUAUGAAGUUGAAUUGGAGGAUGCUGGUGUAGUGUUGGCUUCAGUUCAACUUCAAAUAAACUCAGGCGCAACAUGGCCUAACCAAAUGACACAUUGAAAAGUUUACAAAACGAAAUUAAACAAUAACCUUUCCACUUACUACUUUGCUCGUCUUCUCGCCGUCGUCUCAUGUGCCUAGAUCGAAAAACACCGGUGCAUCAUCAUUAUUGGUCCCCGGCAACUCACUUCUGUUGUAGCUUUUUUUUAAAUUGGCAUCCUUUUAUUUUUGCAGUAAGCAACUUUUUUUUUUCAUCGCCACUUUUUUUUUUUUUUGCGCUGUAGACUUCUGUUGUGGCUUUUUUUUUAUCUGCACUUUUUUUUUUUAAUCUUAAGCGGGCUUCGGUUUCUUUUUUUUUUUGCAUCAGUAACUUUCGUUGUAACUGUUUUUUUUUUGUUUUGUUUUUUUGCAUUCUUUUUUUUUUUUUGCAGUAGUGUCGGUUCUCGGCCACCAUACAUUGUUACCAUUCUGCUCUGACGAAAGUGCGACUCCUUUUAAACCAGUUUUGAUGCUUCCAAAGAGCACGUCCUUGUUGGUCUCCACCCCAGACGUGAAGCUAUCCACUUCCACCUCGAAAAUAUUUCGCUUCUUUCUAAUAUUUCUCAUGUCCAUGUUUGACCUCAGUGGGCGAGGCUUCUGAACUACGAACAUUUAAGGGCGUGACACGUAAAUGACGAUCGAUUUCAGCCGCCGCGUUUAUCGAGACACGAUCAUUCGUACGCUGGGAUUGGUCAGACACGAAGCCUGUCAUGAAUCUCACGUGUUUCCUUUCGUACGAUAUCCUGCGCUCAGAUCUGCGCACGGUUCCACGCAAGAUUGUUAAAUGGGGGCCAUGGUUGUCAGUCGUGGGGAGAUCAGUAUAUUAGUAUAACUCGGCUUCUUUUAGGGCUCUGGCUGUAAGAUAUGGGAUCAGCGGGGGACGUGAAAUUUUAACCGUCACGUUGGACGUUUUGAUUAAUUCGACAUCAAGUACCAUGAGCUGCUUCGAUUCAUCCCGAUGUCUGUGAACUAUUGAGGUGUAACUAUCUCUAAAAUCACUCAGAUACUGAAAAUGUUAAGGUUUCGGGUGAAGCUUCGAGCUUACUGGAGAAAACUGAAGGCGGUUUUCAAGGUAAAUUUUUGAAGCUUUAAGUCAGACCGUCCAAAAUUUAGACAGUCUCAUCCAUUCUUUAGACUGUUUAACACUAACUUUUGUUUUAAUUUAAGUGAUUAUAAAUGUAAAAAGCCUUAAAGACCUCAACCAACUUUGAAUCGAAGGCAGUUGUUGGGGUGAGGUAUAGCACAGACAGACUUCUCCAAAGAAUGAUAUUCAACUAUGUUCAUUUGGUAUUGAAGGAAUCACAGUCACUCUUAUUUUGUCUGAAGUUUGGAAAUGUCUAAACUGGGAUGCAAAGUCUUCUAGAUAGCUAAAUGUUCUUAAUACAGUAUCCUGGUCACUAUUGUAAGGGUUGUUUAUAGUUUUGUUUGCUUGUCUUUUCUUGCCUCCUUAUCCCUGUUGCAGUGCUGGCUUCUUUACAGUAACUGGAGUUAAAUGGUACUGUUUUUUUUUGUUUUCUGCCUGCAACUACCAAUCCUUGCCAAAUACAUGCCUUUUUUUCUUUUUACAAGAUCUGAAUCAGAUAUUAAACUAAAGGCAGGAAUCAAAAAAGGAUCUGCAUGUUGUUGAAGAAUUUUUAAGCAAUUUGGAUGUAAAAGUAACAUUUCAUAAUGGUACUACAUAAUGUCCCUUGCUCAUCCCACACUCAGUGACACAAAAUACUCCUCUUGCUUCUGGAAGCAUUGGAACAAAAGUCUCUUUGUGUUUUAAACUUCAGGAAUUUCUUAAAUUUUGUAUCUUUUGUGUUGUUUUGUUCAUUGAAUGAUAUUGACUAACUGGGUCUGAAAUAAAGUUUUUUACAUUACAUUAUAUUUCAAUUUGACAGAUCUCCCUCAGGCGUUAUCAUGUUAACAUCACGGCAUUAUGCUUCCUCUGUGAUGUUGCCUGAAGAUCUCUGAGAUUGCUUUUACUUUUAAAGUUGCUAGGAACUUUUUGCACAUUGUUGGGAUCCUUUUCUGUUUUCACCUUUCACCCUGCUUCUGAUCAAAGUACAUAAACUGAUAUAUUUAUUUUUUUUGCUACUGUUGGCCUCAACUUGUGAUUCUUGGAGUCAGUCAGCACUACAGAAAUGAUCCUCACAGAGGUUGAUCCUUUUUGAUUAAGGGCAUGAUCCCUUUUUUAAACCAAAUACGGCUUUAUUAGAAGUCUUUUCUGACUACAGAUGCAAUGGUUAAAUUUAGCCUUUUUAUCAGUUAGCACAAGAGCUGCAGGUCUACUGUUGCUACAAUAAACUAGUUAGACUUCAAGAUAUGAAAGAAAAGGAUCUGGGAUAAAACAGUACAGGAACUGUCUUGGGUUCAUGUCUAGUUAAAAGUUUAAUUAAACAUUUUUCUCAUUGAACUGUCAUGCCUUCUGUUUCUGGAAGUGAAUUCGUGUUUACAGUGUUAUUUUGCAUAUUAAUUCCUCAGUUUCUCCUAGUUUGCAUUUUUAAAAUUCAGUUUCUUCAUCUCUUUUCCAUUGCAGACACUCUCUCUCCAGCGGCAGAUGAUGGAGAACCUCAUCAUAGCCAAAGCCAGACAAGAUGCUGUAUCCUUUUUGUCUUUUGUUUUUUCCAGGUCCUUAAAAAGGAUCAGUGAAAUAUUAAUCAGGUAAAUCGCCAUCAGGGCAAUUAUGGCUGUCAUUGUUCUGCUAUUCAGUUGAGUUAAAAUAUACUCAAACAGCCCAGCAAAAGAGCUUUAAAAAACUCUUCGGGAUCCCUGAAGGGAUCGCUCUGUGAAAUCCUGAAGGGGGUAGUGUGUCACAGCCUGCUUUGGAUAAGCACCUACAUUUUUUAAAGACAAGACUAUUUUGGGACUUUACAUGAGGGUUCUGUGUUUUUGCUGCAAAUGUUUCAAACCUGUUUAUUUGGCUAGAUGUAUUAUACAGUGUUGUUUUUGUGUUUUCUCAUUUUUCCAUGUCUGGUUUGAGCUAUAAAGAUGAGAUUUCUCUGAUUUAAACUCAACAUCUUCACUGAAAGCUGUUCUGUGGGAUUGCUGUGAUGUUUUGAAGUGUCUCCUUAAUGAUUGUUGAAACAUUAGCUUCAGCGGAAGAUGGAGACGAGAAGACUAAGAUUGCAGGAAGAGGCUAACAGGUACACCACAGCUUUCUUAAAAUUACACUCAAAAAGGUGAAAACUUUGUUCUGUUUUUAGCCGCUGUCUUCUUCAACCAUCUGAAAAUAGAUAAAUACUAGCUAUUUAGCUCAGUUUGAAAAGUGAUCCAGGCCUCACCUUGCUAUAACUACAAAAAUUGAAGCUUUGAUCAAGAGUAUUGCUUAGCUGUCUUCUAUGUUUAAUACAGGUACUUGUAUGUAAAACUGUUUAUUGAGUUCUGAAAGUAAAGUGCAGAUGAUUUUUCGUGUAUGUUGUCUCAACUCGAGGUCUGUGUAUUUUUGUGCAAAUUUUACAAUUAAUGUUCCUGUGAGGACUUUUCUGUUUGUGUCAACUUUUGUGCCACAUGUGGACAUAACUGUCUUUGCUUAUCUUGCUGUAGGAGUGUGUGUGGAAAAAAACCUUCAUCCUUCUGACUUUUAACAGGCAAAUAUACAAUUUGUUGUGAAUAUUUUUUGUGGGAAAUGUAAAAAAAAUGCUGUUUCCUUUUCUACAGGGCUGACAGUUACCCCCUUGCACUAUUUUCAGGCAUUAGAAUUAAAGAAUACAAACUGCCAAUCUUAUCCCUGAUGGUCUUGUUUGCUUUUAGAUAUCAUAAAAAGGCACCAAAAUGAAUUUCAGUCCAAUUCAUAAAUGUCAAAAACUCCUCACAGGAGCUUAAAACAGAAGUGCAGUUUUUCUGUCAGUGCUCAGAACUGCAUAGGUAGGGCUCUUCUGAGAAACUGCAGUGUUAUCUGUUUGUGCUGUUUCUAAAGUGAAAGGCACUCAAAAUCUUUAUCGACCCCUGAUACUUACAAUCGUUGAAGGGAGUUACAUCAGAGAUAAGUAAACAUUGUGUUUCUGCAAGAAUGAGUGUAUGUGAGUAUUUCUUUGUGUGUUUGCCAUUACAGGAGGUUUGCAGCACCUGGGGCCAUGACUGCAGAGGAGCAAGAGCAGCGCAUUCUCUACACCAAUGUCCUGGAAUAUGAGCAAGACCAUGUAAGUAUGAAAUCAAUUAUAUAUCUUUUUAUAAGGGUUUCCAAUAGGUUAUGUUCUUAUUCUGGUCUUGUUUUAGGAGUGGCCUAAACUGUGGAAAGCCAACAUGAGGAAGAAUCCAAAUGACGUCACAUUAGUGUCAGGACUAGUUUCCUACCUGCUCAGGUAACUAACCGCUAUAUUUUGUUGUGCUGUGCUCAAGGUUGCUCAAACUUUUGUUGUUUGAAUCGGAAAAACUCUGUCUGUCCAGAAAAUAACCAUCUGUCUGUACUUAUAUCUCAACUCAUGUCGUGUUUUUGUCAGCAUACUCUGAGCAUGCAUGAGCUGGUGUGAACUGGCUUUCACAAAACAGGUACUGGCUCUGUCAGCUAAAACUGAAGAGCUGUUCAUGCUGCACAAAAUUGUAACCGUUUGGUCAAUGGGCAGCAUAAAGUGCAGAUUAAACGACAAAACAGCACAACAAAUGCUCAUCAGCUGAAUAAACUAUUUACAUUUUUGAUAACUGCUUGUGGCAUUGAAGAUUGAAAUUCUCCAUUUGCAUUUGUGAAGAGUCAUCAGACAGGUGCAUGAUUAAUCAGGGUAAGCCAUGUCCAGACCGACGGGAACCCAUGUUAUGAAAAUGCACUACCAAAACAGAAUAGAUUACACUGUCUUAACAACUAAGAUUUUUUUUUUGUAGCUAUAAUUUUAUAGAAGCUGUCACCAGCAUUCCAUGAAGGACUUAAGACUAAAGAAAACAUUUGGACCUGAAAAUAAAUAAUUCAAUAUCACUCCAGAGACACUGGAGUGACAUUAUAUUUUUCCUCAGUGACUCUAAAUUUUUCAAUUACUCGCAGAUAUAAGUCAAGUAAAAUAUGUUCAUGCCCAGGCUCAGCUCCUCAGUCCUUUAGAACAAAAGUUGAACAACUGAAUGCCAUCAUCUGCUCAGUUAAUCCAAAAUCUAGACCUAAAAUCAGAAGUGAAAGAGCUCUGUGUCUUCCAAAUGCAGAAGUCCAGUUGCGAAAGAAGGAGAGAGAAAAAGUAUUUUUAAAAAUGGAUUCUUUCUAGAAGUACAGUCUUUGAAAUGUACAGGAAAAUCCAGUAGACUUUCAUCCGCCUAUCUGCAGAAUGCUGUUCAGUUCUUCUCAUCACACUAUUGGUUAUUGAAUAAUGCUAGGUCAGAUAAGAAUUGACUAGAAAACUGACUAAUGUUGCACUGUUUCCUUAGCCGGUCUGACCAUCCUGUGGUGAAGCUGCUGAGAAGCCACCAGUACAAGAUUUACAACAAGCUGUACCCCAUCGUCAGUAAAGGCCUGCCCCAGAGUCCUGCCCAGAAGCUGAGGCCUUCUCGCAGCACUCACAACUUGCUUCAUUCAGGUAAAGCCAGAAAUGGGUGUUAGUGAAGCAGGUUAAUCUGGAUAAAACAUGAGCUUGACCCCAUUUGAUUUGAUGUUAAAUUCCUGUGAGUCAGUUUGAUCUUAACUUGCUGUCAGAAAUCCCUUUACAUUUUUAGGGACAAAGAAUUUUUUAUUUUAAGGGAACAAGGUGAGGCAGUCUGUGCCUUUCUCACCAGUAAAUCAGUUUGUGGCUCUCACGUUAGACUGGCAUAGGAUAGACUAGGGGAGAUUAGAGAGGGGAGUUGGCUCUCAGUACUAAACCUUCACCCCUGUACUAAGCAAGCAGCCAAAGUAUCACAUUUGUAAAGUUAGAAUCCACUAUUAAGCAGGUUUGGUUCCCUCCCUAACUUCUGGUGAGCACUCUUACCAGAUAGACGUCUCAUGGUUUGACCCUCUUCCUGAUACCCUGUGUUUCUUCUGCUCCAUAGAGGGAUCUUCUGAUGGCGUGCUCUCACAAAGGAUAAAAAGUGUGAAAGUCUUUAUUUGCUGCUUAAGCAGUUUUCACCUUUUGGCUUGCUACUUCAUAUCCAUCCAGUGUUUAACCAAAGAAGUCAGAACUUAUUUGGUGUGGUGAUGCGAAGCUGCCAGUCCCAGUCUACCCAAUAAAUGCUGAGAUACUAUUAGCAUAAAAACUUUAUGUAGGCGUAAAAUGGAAGGUCUGGGCACCAAAAUAUCUGGGACACAUGCAGGGAAUUUAUCUUUGUGAUGAAAGUCAUGGUCAGUCAUGUAAAUCUUGCUUGUAAUUUCCUGUGGACUGAGUGACAGUUAACAUCCUGAGGCCAUCCUACUUGGGGGUUUAAAAAACUGACUUUGGUAUUAUUGUGCUGGCAGAGGUGUAGCAUGAAGUCAUAAUUUAUCAGUAUGGGUAAUGGUUGAAUCAUUGAAUUAACACACUUCUUUAUUCGAAAAUGUUUUAUUUUUAUCUUUCAGACUCCCCAGGAAAGCCAAUCAGGACUGUGGGCAGUAGUGUUGGUGGCCAGAGCUUCAGCGCUGGCUCUUCCCCCUCACUUUCUCAUAGCCUCCCCACAAACUAUGACUAUGAGAGAGGAGAAGAACCUCACGCUCAGGCACCAAUUAACAGAGAGAACUCAUUUGAGGACCUGGAACAGUUUCUGACUCAGUUAGACUGGGCCGAGCCCACUGAUAGCAUAGAUGUCACUGGCUCAGAUUUAGAGCAAGCCAGUGAUCCCAUUACACAUCUAGAGCGGGGUGAGGGAGACUUUAAGGAGCUGGAGCUGAGAGCGCUGACAGAACACCUGAAGAUUAUUGUCAAGGACAUUCACAUUGCAAUCGGUGAGCAUGUUGGUAAUGGAUGGAAAGUGUCAGACCAGUUUAAACUCUGGCAAAAAACAGUUUUUUUGUUGUUGAUAACAAAUGUUUGGACACAUUUUCCGCUGACAGAGUAAAAAUGGCGAGAUAACAAAUGAAGACAUUUUCCUCCAUGUUUCAGAUCAGCUCCUGUCACUAUGUUUGCUGUCCUUUGAGUGCCUAAACACAGCCACCUCCAAAGACCUGUGUCUGGCCAGCAUUGAAGAGGCCUUCUUCACACCCCUGUGGAGCGCCCUGGUGGCUCUUUUCAGGUAGAACAGCCUUUAAAAUCAAGACUCAGGUUAGAUGUUAGACAAGUAUUUGAAUGAGAAUAUUUCCUGUAACUAAUAGUCAGUCUGCUGUUCAGUACAAUUCACAAAGCACCUAUGGUUGUACCCAGUUGUCUCUUUUGAAUCCAAAAUAAUCAAAAAAGAAAGGUCUGCUUAGUUUCACCAUUUUAUUGUCCAAGCUCUCCUUGUCAUCUUUAGAAAUCACAACAACUCACCCAAUAGUCACACUGUAAUGACAUCUAUAUAAGAAUAUCGAGGCUUAAUGGAGCUUCAUCCGAUGGUGCCAAACUGUGAGAAGCAGCAAGUAUGUUUUUGAAAUAGAAAAGAGGAUCAGGCUUUAUUAGAUGUGUGUGAAUAAUAAAUUCACUAUGUCAGUUGUUAUUUGUUCAAAAAUGUAUGAAAUUGUUGCACACAGUCAAAUUAUGGGAGGUCCUAAGGGCUGUAGACACAUCAGGCGUACAUUUAUACACAUUCAAGGUUAUUAAUGUUUGGCUUGGCAGGUGCACUAAAAAUACAGUGUGGCUCAGAGUCUCUCAGUGACCAGCAUGUGGCAGUGCUACACCACAAACUGUACGUCAGCUGAGGACGUGGUGUCAAUGAUUUCCAAAAUUUAUGUGAAGCUUUGAUUUGUCAGACAACAGAACAUGUCUCCACUUUGUGUAGUUUAUCACCAGAGGGCUCAGGCUGUUGAUCAUGCUGUAUAAACGGUGUCCUCUUUGCAUGGUACAGUUCUAAGCUGUACUUAUGGAUGCUGCACUGGAUUAUAUUCACAGACCAUGGUAUUCAGGAGUGAUAUUUUCCCUUUUUACCUUUGGAUGUUGUCUUGUGUUACUCCUAAUCCCCUUGGUCUUUGCAAGUCUAUUAAAUGGAACAGAGGGCACACAGAAUUUACUAAAAGACUGAAUGACUCACAUUUAAAAAAUAUAUUUCUGGUAUGAAAAUAUGAAAAAGUGUAUUUUUUAGACCAUCUUUACUUCAUAUGAUUAGUCACAGCACAAGAAUGACAGCUGCUUCCACAGACUAACUUCGUGGCGGUGGUUUAUUGUUGUGCACUGAAACAAGAUGUGAUGCUUUUUGCGUUUUUGACAGUUUCAAAAUCAUAACCAGCCUCAAAGUCUAUUAAAGAGCUGCAGUCUUUGGCAUUCCUGCAUUGGGUGUAUUUAUUAGCAUUCGAUUUUGCCUCUUAAUUUAAACAAACCACUCAAAAUUCGACUUUUCACCAUUACCAUUUUUCAAAAUGAUCUGCAGCCGUAUGUUUUUGGUCUAAUCUUUACCUUCGCCUGAGCUGUCUGCAGCCAUCAAAUUAGUCAAAGUAGGUGGUAUCUGUAGCCUCAUCACAAGAACUCUCUAUACACAACAUUUGGUUGUUUUAGAAACUUCUGUUGUUUAGUUUCUGCCUAUUUUUGUCUGAUAGCCUCUGCCUGUUUUUCUCAGGAAGGUCCACAGGGAAAGGGAGCAGGCCUUUGAGACGAGUAUGAAGCUGUUCAAGGAUGCUUCACCAGGAGAAUUUGGUGUUCCCUCGAAACUAUUCCCCAAAGACCCUGGCUCUCUUCAAGGUUCCUACCCCUAUGAGUCUGCUGUCCAGGAACUCAAGCUUCUUGUUACAGACUGCUGUCCACAAAGGAAGUUAGACUGUAUUGGUGAGUCAAAUUAUGUGUUAAUCUAUCUAACUGAUGCAGGAUGGCUGGUGGUUUUCCACUUUAUUGCCAUACUUGAUUAUAAAGCUUGGUAUUUGGGUAACCUCUUAGAAACCUUUUAAUUGAAACCAGCCCUUUUCUUUUUGUCAAAGAGUUCUUGGAGUUAUUGUUUACAGGAAGCCUAGCUAAAAGGAUUACCUUUAGAUUGUUGUGGAAUCUCUCUGGCUGUCUGAUGAGUUUGUUGAUUUCCAAACCAGCCAAAAUCGCUUUGUUCAUUCUUAAUCCCAUCUGGAGGAUGUAUUCUAACCCCAGAAAGUACAUUUUGCCUGCAGUUGUCAAAAUUCUUAGAGGGUUAAAUGUCAUGUUCACUACUAAUCCGACUUAAGAAAGUAUCAUGUUGAGUCUGGCACUGAGAUAUUAGCAUCAGAUCUCAUAAAGCCCUCAGAGUUGCACAGAUGAGCCUCUGUGAAUCUGAGAGUCUGACAUGUUGUUCAAGCUCAUCACAGGACUGCUUGAUCGGAUUAUGAUCAUGGGAACACAUUGAACCCUUUCAUGUUCUUCAGUCUUUUUCAUGAAGGAUUUUUAGUUGCAUAGCAGGGAAAUUUUGGCCUGCCAAAAAACAGCAGUACAACCAAAUAAUACUGUGACUGUGAAAAGUUGCGUUAAGUCCACAACGGUGUUAAGGUAGGUUUUUACUGGCAAAGUCCCCUCGACAACAAUGCCAGGAACUCAGAUUCUCAGCAGAAAACUGGCCAUAAACACUGGAUCUGAUUGCUUCACAUCAUCAUACUAUUUAAUGACAGCACACUCACCACCCUGUGGUGUUACAACCCCAAACACAAUAAGCUGCAAUGCACUGCCUUUGUUGGGAUACUGGUUGUAUUCAGUGCCACUUACUGUUUGGACAUGCGCUCAUCAAGUCAUAUGGCCUUUUGAAAUUUGAUCCUUGUCAAAGAAGUUCACAUUCUUACACCAGUCCACUCUUAAUGUUUGCAACACUGUUUGGAUGUUUUUGUAAUUGAACACUGUGGACGAUCAGUGUAUGCUGACUGAGACUUCAUACAUGGUUCAUAUUUUUUGACGCUUCUGUCUCACAGUGAGGACGCUGCGACUGAUCUGUGUCUGUGCAGAGGAUUACAGGUGUCUUCAUGAGGUGGAGUCUACGCCUAAAACUGCUGCCAUGUAAGUAAAACAUCAGCUGCAAGAAGUACAAACUCUUGACGCUCAUACCUCUGCAGGUGAACACGAAACUUCUUUUCGCUGUUUUUUUACAAGAAAUCUUUAGACGUUGUUGUGAAACAUACUGAAGGGUUUAUCUUUAAGGGGGUUAGACCACUUUGCAGUGCAGGGAUGUCGGAAGAGAUGGGAGAGUACUCAAAUGAUAGGGACCUAAAGGAGUCAUAUUUAGAAAAUAGUUAAUUCACUCAACAUGGACUUGGCAAACGCAGAAAAUAAAGGAGUUUCAGGUUAGAGUAUUUAUCUAAUGCUUAUCUUAGAUGAAAGAUGUUGAUUAUUAUUUUUUGCCUAUAGACUUGCAUUGUACCAAAGUGUGCGUUCUACUUAAAAAAGAAUGUGGGAAUGAAAGAUGUGCAAGAUGGGAAAAUACAUAGAAAUGUCAUUCAUCAGGUCACAGUUUGUGCAGAAUUCAGUUGAAAGACACAACAGAAUACACCAGCAGUAUCCUAUUUGUUUCAAAUGCCUAUGUCACUUUACACUUAUGAUAUUAUGUAUAGUGAUAAAUAGUCUGAUACUUACUUUAACCCUAUUAGAGGCUAAGUAUCAGACUAAGUGAUCUGUGAGUGAGCCUCUGUGUGUCCUUUAUCUGAUUUAAUAUCUACAGUCAGUGAUACCAAAAUAUGGUCAACCUCAGAAUUAGGUAUACUCAUAAGUAUAUCGAAACAAUAAAGUCAGACCUAAACAGGAAGGGAAUGAUCUCCUCCAUUUCUCUGGAAAGGUGACACGUUAAAAUUUUUAGGAGUUAACCUUUCCUUUUGGCUUUGGAUUGGAGUUUUUGAUUUUUGCUUGAGCAAAAUCCUGCAAAAAGAUAUUUUUCCAGCAAAUAAACCUCGUUAUUAUAACUAGUAAAUAUGCAGAAUAAAGCAGUUUCAGGUACAAAAAAACAAGUCAUUCUUUAAAGCUUUUCCUUAAUCACAUCAAUCCCUCAUAUUUUGAUAAUUAAGAAAUCAUUUAUUAAUCAUCUCAUUUUCAUUCCUCUUUGAUUCCACAAAAAUAGUUUCUGUUUUGCUUAGCAGAGGGAAGUCAAGCAAGCAGUUUACAUGCAAGCAGAAAGUUGGGACUAACUUACUGUGGUGACUUUUUUGUGUGUGCGAUGGGCUUUUUAUCCUAUCCAUAUCAUGUAAAAGUGUCUGCAGUAGUCUUUUUAUUGAUGGAAAUAUGAUGGAAAACUCCCCACUGAGAUUAAUGUGUCACCCUGUUCUAAUUACACUUCAAAACAAAGGAUUUCUGUCUGUCUUGAUUUCAUGUUUUUGAUGGAGGGUGAAAGACCGUCGAAACAAAAAAGCCAAAACAUCAUUUUAGGACUCACUGCCGCGGUAGCUGCCCUGUCAGGUCUCAUCAGUGCUCAUAUAUGCCCAGCUCAGCGGGGGCUCUCCUAGGUCUAUUGCCCCCUGUUGAGUGCCUCUUCCCGACCAGGCCUAAAAGUGGGUCGUUCUGUCUGGAUUUGGAACAGACCCAGGGUCCAACAACGGGCCUCUGCAAGAAAAGAAAAAAGAGGUUUGUAGAAUCCGUGAUGAUGCACAGCGAGCCAGACAAAAGCUCAGUGGGUUGUUGUAGCACCCAUAAUUGAGAACAUAAAGUGCACUAUGCGCUCAAUUUAAAUUGUUCUGUGUUGACAAAGUUUGAAUGAAGCCUUGACAAAUAAACGGAUGUGUAGGAAGCUGUUUAUCUUCUUGUUGUGGCUUCACGUUAUCCUUUGAACCACAUCCAAGAGAGGGAGCACUGAUGCGCUUCUAAUCAGACAUGCCACUCCCUAGUUCAACUGUCAUCUAUAAGUUAAUGGACCGAAAAUAUUUUACAUCAAUAUUGUACAACCACAGAUUUAAGUUUGAGUGAACACAACAGUAAACAGAAUGGGAGCCUGUUUUUUUUCAUGCUGGGUGGGGUCUUCUUCAGGAACUGGAGCAUUUACUGGUUAUAAGUGUGUAUAUACUCAUACAAAAAUGUCUUAAGAAUUUUCUAAUAUGCUGUCUGUUUUCAUUCACAAUUGUUCAAGUCCAAUUCUGAUAUUUAUUAGAUCUUCUCCUGUUAUUUGUUUUUCCUCUUGAUACAAUGAGGCUGUGAUUAUAUGGGUCUUCUGCUCCAUAUCUGUCUCUUUGUGCUGUUGUCUGUGUCUGUAAAGGGAUCAGAGUUGGCAGCAUUAAAGAGUUGAUCAGACAUAUUGCAUCUCAAAACUUUAACCCCCAAAAGGCAUUUAAAUUAGGUUAGAUAGAAGUGAAGUCAAGACAGUUGUGAUGUUGAAGGAUUUCUUUUGUAAACAUUGUGCAUGAAAGUAAACUUGUCAACAAACAAUAGUUUACAAAGAGAGGUAAACUUGUUUGUUACCUGGAAAAGGGACUAAAACAUGGCAAAUCCACAGAGAAUAAGGUUUCUUUACUUGUUUACACUGUUGAGACCAAGAAUGCAGUCAUGUCGGACAUCUCAGUGCGUUGCCUAUAACCAUGUUUUUACUUUGGCCAGAGUAUAAGAUCGUAUAAAUCAAAACCAGCAUUUCAGAGGAUCAAAUGUUUAUCAGAGGCAAACCCUCGCUCAUCAUUGAUCAUUUGUCUGUCCAAAGUCACAAUUACCAAUGCUGCUGAGGAAGGAGCUUAACAUUGAACAUUUAAGGUAGAUAAAAGACUCCAUGAAGAAAGUCUAUGUGGACUGGAGUUUCUUGCCUGCAGUCUGCCAAUGUUGACAUUUUCCCCCUCCUGAUUGUGGGUCUGUGCAGCCCCAUAUGUGAUUGCUUUUCAGAUCUAUCUAAAUCAAAAUCUAAUCUAUCUAUCCGUCAACAGGGUUCCUUUCUUUCGUGCGUCUGUGACUCACACUAAAUGUUUCUCAUCAAGGCUUAACUCAGAUUUUUUUUUUAUCUAUGAUUAGAUUUUGCAUAGGAAUACAGAAUUUGCAGACUAAGGAAACAAUUUUAAGUUUCUGAAUCAUCCUGGCUUCUCCUGGAGUUGCCACGCAUCUACUGAAAUGCAGCCCCAAGUAAUCAGAGAGGUGAACUCUUUAAUGAAUCUCUUAGAAUGUAUGAGGCCUGCUGUCAAUGAAAUGAAAAUAGAGUAUCAGUCAUUUUUGGAAAAUUGUGGUUGGUCUUUAUCACAUUUUACUCUUUAGGUCUUGUGUUUCAUGAUCAGAGAUACAGACAGUGAAAGUCUGGACACUGGAUUCAUUCCAGUCUAUUUUUAAUGUUUUUGACACUUAUUCAAAUCGACAUUUCGGUCCCAAUUUCAUCAGGCGGUUUUGAUCAUUUUUAAAAAGACAAAUUAUUUCUCCUGGUUGUCAAAAUUUCAGUGGGAAGAAAGAAUGCCUUUGUUUGGUCAGCAGGAAAUGUGUUACUAACUUAUGCAUCUCAUUUGUCUAGUCGAAAAAAAUGUUUCAAAACAAAAAAUCCUGUUUCAUCAACACAGGUUUGCCACAUGUGGUUAUAUUUCAUUGAGUUAUGUUGAAGCUUGCUGAAUCUCUCAGGGGUCUAUAUACGAGUCUUACAAGGUAGAUGUGCACUAUGAAGUAUCUCUACUUUCUUAAGCUGAAGAAUUGGUGAACAGAGCAAGGUAAUGCUAGAGUGGGAUGCUAUAUGCUAACAGGCGUUGUGUUGCCUGAAAAAAAAAAGAUGACUCACCAUUAUUAUCAUCCUGGGCAGACUUUGCUCUGUCUUUAGGUGCCUUUUCAGAGUCAUAGUGUUUUUCAUUCAUUUUGAAUCCUCAAGAGGUUCAGUCCUCAUCAGACACGAGUCUCAGUAUUGUGUUUAUACCGAAUAAACAAAAAUGUGUCCACGGGUUGUCUCUUGUGUACCUUUCUACCCAACAGGCAGCUGGCUGUAAUGAGGCUCUCAUUUUUUUUGAGAUGCCAGUUGGCAGCAGUUGCCUUGUUUGGGCUUUUUAAUGUAGCUAAUACUAAGUUUGUUUUGGCCUCUAUGCAAAAUCUGCAGAAAACGGACUCCUUGCUGAGAUACACUCGUGAAACAAUCAUCCAGUGAAAACAAAAGAGAUGCAGUGUGCCAGUGAAAACUAUUAAAGCACAAUUGUCGCAAAUAGAUGAUUGUCUUCAAGUAAAACGAGCAGUGAUGGCACUGUUGAUAAUCCUGCCAUGUUCUUUUUCUUUGGGACAGUACAAACAGAGAUUUUCAUUAAAUGUUUCCUCUUUAGUUUAUUCACCAUUUACGUGAUUGUGUCUAUUAAGCCAUGAGAAACAAUCAUUUUAAUGAACAUUUUUGUCAACAAUUUGAAGUAAUUAAUACUGCUGCAUCCAAGUCCAAUGGACACCCUGAUCAUACAUUUGGAUUUUCAACUUUUUUGUUAUAGUGUAAACAAUCAGGAGUGUAUAGAAAAGGAAAGCCUUCAUUGUUUAUCUGAAAAACCAUUGACUCCUCUUUUUAUAUCAGUGGAAAACAUCAAUAUCAGUGAAUACAGUAGGGAUUAGAGAGUUUUUAACUUUAACUUUAAAAUCUGUUAAUGUAUCUGCCUUGAAGACUCCAAAAUCAGGCAACUGGACUGUAGAGUUUUUUCUCAAGUCUACACAGUCCAGUCGCCUGAUUUUGGAGUCGUGGAGAUAACCAUGACCUGGAUCUACAUGGACUUAAUAUGUCUGCCCUAAAAACUCUGCAUCGCUUGUUCUCAUAUUUUAAGGUAUUUUUAUGUGCUUUUGGCAGACGGACUCAUUAGCUUUCUGAAGAAAUGAACCUAUUUUUAUCUGUCGAAUGCAUGUCAAAAGCGUCUUGUCGUUUCUGCCUGCUUGCACUUUCCCUCACACAGUUACUAAAUUACAAUCUCACACAAUCAAACACACUUUAUUGUACUCGCCCUCUUUUAAUCACUGAACAGCAUUUCCAUUUUCGUCAGGUCUUUGUCCUUGACCACUUGGGUGCUCAUUUGUUCUCUCGUGUGCUUUUGUCUACACCCCUUUCUUUUCUCUCCUCUAUUGUGUUGAUAAAUUGGUCACCUCUCUUCCCCUGUAUCCUGUUGUUAAGAAUUAUUUCACCCCUGUCCCUACUGCGUCUUUUUUAUUACUUGUUGUACACUUCACUAAACUGAAAGCUUCACAGGACCAGUAAUGGAGAACUCUGCCCUCUCUGCAAUCGGUGUUGCAGGAAGGGUGCAUUGUAUCCUUGUAAUGCAGACACACCAGUUUUUCGUGUGAGAGGAUCGAUGUUUCUUUGUGUGUGUGUAUGUAUGUGUGUGUGUUGACAGUAGUGAACUCAGGAGAUUAUAAUUUAGGCUCGUGAUUGUACUUGUGAGGUCCAGCUCUCAGUGGUUACAUGAGCCUGUCCAAACCUUCCAGAACCUGCAAGAGCAGGAUAUCCAGUUGCAUGUAGUCAGGUCAGUCGAGGGCCAACAACUUACCUUCUCACGCAAACUAGCAAGCCAGCAGUUAGCCCUGCGUGUGAGCCCUGAUAAACAAAUGGUCACUGUCUGCACACAGGGAGAAUACUAUCAGACUGUCAUCAUCUCCCAGGCUGCAAUUUGCCCUCCCUAAAGAUCUCAGGGAGAGGGGAAAAAAAGCUUUAUCAUUUCCCUCCCUGAACACUUAUCCCAUUAAGAGCUACAUUUGAUUUAGUUUUCAUUCAGUUCCCAGGAGUACACAUGCCAUCACACUCUGUAUAUGUCACUCUAUCUGUUCUUCUUCUCUAUUUAUUUACUUGUGUUUUCCUCUUUUACCCUCUUUCCCCUCUUGCCUGACAGCGGAGCAGAUGACCUGUUGCCAAUCCUGUCUUUUGUGGCGAUACGCAGCCAGUGUCCUCAGCUAGUGGCUGAAUGUGCUGCUUUGGAGGAGUUCAUUCAUGAAGGGUGAGUCACUGUGAUGGAAAAAGAUGCUCAAUAACCCUCUCCUUUGUUUGCACCAAACAUUCAGAAAUAUGUCGGAGUUUAGUCACAGUUUUGAUGGAUUGUUGUUCUGCUCCAUCACGGACCUGCUUUGAAGAAGGCAGAAAACGGUCCGGCUCCUGCCGUGAGUUAACCUGAAAAAAUCCCAGCUCGCUUGUGUAUUACUCACCUCUGCAACUAUUUGAGGGAUUUUAGGGUUUCAGAACUUUUGUUCUUCACUCUGGUAACUUAUGUAAAGACAUUUUGAUGUUGAUUAAGCCUACCUGUUUAAACAAACGACAUAAAAUAAGGGCAAAGUGAACCUUUCAGUCGUUUCACUGGUCAUGACUUUCUAACCGUAUGAUCAUCAUUAUGAUUAUAAAAUAUAUCUUUAUAUUUUAUCUCUUUUUUUUUCUUCUUACAGAUGUAUCUCUGUAGCUUUCUGUUUUAUCUCUCUCUGAUUCAAUCCAUUCCUCUAUGUCGCGUCUUUGCACUGAUUGGUAUCCCUACAUACGUACCAUAUAUGUGUCUCCAUUGCUGACUCCAUCUUUUUCUGGUCAUCGAUAUCUAUCUUUGUCUGCUGUACUGUAUACAUUUAAAUCUAAUGUAAUUCUCUUUUAGGGCUGUCAAAGUUAUGUGUUAACUGAGCUUCCGGUCAUUUUUUUAAAUGUAUGGUUUUAAACAUCCAUGAUGACUCUCGGUCUGCCCCAGGAGGUCAGGUAACAGUGCAGCAGGAAACCUUGCAGACAGAAAGUGGGGGGCAAAGAUCCUUGAGCAGAAAUGGAAAAUGAAAUGGGUUUUUUGGAUGGCAUGUUCAGGUUCAUAGCUGUACCAGAUGGUUCUCCUCACAAGGACAGAGUUAUUCGCAUGUACUUAUGAUGUGAAUUGAGUCGCCAGUUGAGUGAUGCCAAGCAUACAGACUGUCUGGUGUGGUCUUAAUUUUCUUCCAUGUGAGGUUUGACUCAAAAGACUUGUGUGAGAUCAUUUGAUUUGUGUGAAGGACCCUAGGGGCUGAUCUUUGAGUGAUGAAUUUAACUGACUGAUGCUUUCGUUGUACAUGUGUUUGUUGUUGUGUUUGAAGCAUGUGGUCAUCAUUUUGUGUUGAAAACAUGCAGGAUCGGGCAGUUAGCUGCACAAAAAUAUGAGCGUGCCCUUCUUUAUUCCUUCACUGCAGCUCUCACUUUUACUUUAUUUUUAAGCAUGCAGGUAGCUGUGUCACAAAGUUUUUGUGCACGAGGAAGUUACAGAGGAUGCAAAGGUUACUUGUGGACUACUGUACUCUCAACAUGUUGCGCUACAACUGUAAAAGCUGUCAUGCAGCCACAGGUAAAGAGAGGAGUGCAGGGAAAGGAGCAGGAAAGGAUGAGUCUGUGUGAGUCUGAGUGUCUAAAAAGCAAAAAGACGGAGUAGGCGGGCUGAGAGAGAGCGUGAACAAGGCCAACAAGCUAACAACUAUCACAGUAGUUUACAUAUAAGCUUUGAUUCCUGACAUUAUCAUGAGGAAGGCUUGAAAAGGCAGACCAAUGUGUUGGAUUUGUUGGUUAAAAAAAAUCCUGAACACGAGUGAAAGUCUGGCGUUUAAUUUUAGUGAGAAUUAUCAUCAAAAUUAGAUAAAAGUUUUAAUACUGAACUGAAGAACUGAUGCAUGGUCCUUUUCAUUACUGUUCAACAUUAUAUUGUUUAAUCAGCGUUAAUCAGUUAGAGCAGUGGUUCUCAUGUCCAGUCCACACCUGAUUCAAAUGAUUAGCUCGUUAUUAAGCCAUUACAGAGCCUGAUAACGAGCUGAUCAUUUGAAUCAGGUGUGUUGGAGCAGGGAAACAUCCAAAACAUGCAGGACAGUGGGCCUCGAGGACUGGACUUGAGAACCACUGAGUUAGACAGACAUGCUUGGGUUUAAGGUUUUAUUUGCACACUACAUUACUGGUAACUUGUUUUAUGCUAUUACAGAUAAACCGUGACAUGGUGUAAAAUAUUAAAAUUGCACAGUAAGAGAGAAAUGACUGUGUUUGACAAAGUGAGUGCCUGGGGCCACAUUUUUACUCCAGAGUGAAUGGAGUCAGGAGUAGACUUAAGAAGUCAGUCAAUUUAGGUAAACGGAGACUCUUCAGUCACCCAGAAAUAAGACUCAAGAUGAAUCUCAGUGUCUUUUGAUUUUUCAACUCCAAUCCUCCACCUUUUUUAGGUUGAGAGGCACACUUGUCGUUCAUCUGUGGCUCAUGUUUAUUGCCUCUUUUCUUCAAAUGAUGUGAAAACAUCAGAUUUCUGCACGAUCAUAGAAAGUGAAGCUUCUUCCUCAUAACUGGAAACAGGAUUUCUUCAAACCCCAGAGUGUCGAGCGUAGAUGUGGCUCAGUCAUCACUGGAGCAGCAGACAGGCUGUGUUCACACUGUCCUGUCUGACUGUCCAGCAUCUGAGUCUUCCCAGUGACGGUCACUCUUCUUUACUCCAAAGCAAGUUAAUUUGUGGUCGUUUAAAGACUUAAAUCAUGCUGCUGCUCCUACAAAUGCUCUCUGACCAACACUGCACAAAAAAAAAAAAAUUGUCGAUUCAUCACACAGCUGCCACAUUUGCUUACUGACUAAAUAAUUAACAAACCCUGCCCAAACUAAGAGCUCAUGUGUUGCUCAUCCAAGGGAUAACAAAUAACAAGUCAGUAAAACAAAAUAUUUAUGAAUACAGCUCUAAAAAAUGAACCAUUUAAAUUAACCAUGAACUGAAGAUGUCAAUUCACGGUGAAGUCAAGAUUGUUGUUAGUCUUUCGAGAGACUGUAUGUGUUGACUUUUGUCCUCAUUAAGCUCUCCUUAGAAAAAUAAUGAGACAAAUGCUACUCUUUACACUGUUGUUAUUAUCACAACUGCCAACUUGAAGAUGCUGUAAGACCCAAUAUUAAAAUAUUCACGUUAUUUAUCCUACAAAUCUUGCCUGCUAACAGGGACUAAUAUUUCUGCCUCAUGUUCAGUGAGCAGAAGUGGGCUGUGCUUGAACUCUGUCUGGCAGAUUAAUUUGAUGGUGUGUGUGUGUGUGUGUGAUCUGGUUGUCCCUGGCAUUGCUCUUGCUAUUCAGAAGGAAUUUGUCAGGAGGUUACCAAGGAGUUUUGUCCAAUCAGAAUCCAGGAUAUAUCACAGCUGGGUGUUUAAGAAAAAAACAGGGUAACGAUAUAUAACGUACCUUACUUAACACUGAGGUUAAAAUCAAGCCGACACCCACAGCAGCCAUCCAUUAGGACAGGUUUGGAGGGCUGGUUGUUUUGGGUUGAGAUUCUUGGUGUCAUUGCGUGUGAGCUCAGACCACACCCCGGAGGUCUACUCCAGGCAAUAAAAAACGGUGGGUUUUUAAAAGCCGGCUGGUUAGAUUGGCAGUGGCAAAGGAAUGUCAGGAUAUUUGGGAUUUGGUUUUUCUUCUCCUAAGAAAUCCCACUUGAUGUUUGUGUAGUUCAGUGGGAUAGUUGGGUUGAAGACUGAGGGAGCCAAGAGGCUUAAAAUGAUUCAUCGAGUCAGCUGUUGGUCAGUGUAAUUGGGAUUUUAAUGUUGGUGUGUAAUGCCAUGGUUACAGAUUUUACACAACUAAUCAAGGUUUAAAUCCUAUAACAGCAAAUGACGAGGGUAAAAAGAAAACGCCGGUAAUCUGCCUCUCUGAUGACACUUGCUGAGUCAUAAAAAUUCACUUUUCUUUGAUAAUUUAUUUGAAUACUUUGAAACCUGGAUCAAAUGAAAUGUGCUUCAAAUUAAGCCUCAUUUUGCUCUCCUCCCUCCUGUUUUCCUUUGAAUUUUCUUCCUCCCACUUUGUACACAGUCAACAGAGGUUGACCAUCUGUUUUCAAACCUGUGUGUUUCUUUAAAAAAAUGUUGACGAAAAAAGGGACAGUAGUUGAUCCUAGACCUUUGACUGUAUUACAAUGCACCAAAGUAUUCAAAAACACAACAUUAGGAGUGUUUUUUUCCAAGCCAUAGUGGAGGGUACUUUCAUAUGCUGCUCAGACUCCAUGUUGCUUACUUUUUUGAAGGAAAUUUACCCUACAGGCUUAUUAAAUAUUAAAUAAAUCAUGUUCUUUUCUUAGCUUACAUUCAGAUAAUCUAGCUAAGUUAACACAACCUUUUAUUCACUAUUUCCUGACCACAGUCAAAGGAUAAGCAUCUUAUCUUCUCUCCCAAUCACGCAGUCUGAGUCCGUCUGUGCAGUGCAGCGUACUGGCUACAGUGGGUCUCGUGUCUUGCUCUCGUUAGUUAAAGGUCAGCCAGAGUUGACUUGUUCUCCAGCCGCCUGCUGUCUCUUGUCUCUGGACAAACCUACUUCCUCAUCACUUGUGCAUGUCACACAUCAACCCUCCAGCUAUCCGUCACUCCCCUUUUCCUCAAGGUUGUCGACCCUUAAAAAUUCUAUUAUAGUCCAGAAAGAUGAGAAGAAAGGCCAAAUUUUUUCUUUAUUAUGAUAAGACGUUAGUCACAGUUGGAAAAUCCCGCAGUGGUCACUUCAGCUUUGUCAGAAUGAAAUAGCUCCCUGAUGUCCCCAUAUGACCUCUUUCUUUACAUUGACAUUUUUACUUGCUUCUCUUUUCAGCUACUUGAUAGGAGAGGAAGGCUACUGUCUGACGUCCAUGCAGAGUGCCCUGGCUUAUGUCGAGUCUUUGCACACAGGAGGAUCUCAUCUAUCUGCCAACAAGCUCUCUUGAUUAAGGUAAAGGACGGUCCAUAAUUGACUCUCUGAAAAACAUGUUUUGAUGUGUUUUGAGUAAUUUGAGAAAGUUGAUUGACAGGGUUAAAGUGCAAAAAUAAAGGAAACCGUAUGAUCCUGAAAAAAAGACAAAAACUAGAGUAAAAACAUUUGUUUUGGAACCUUACCUUUUAAACCUUUUAUUGGAUAAUCAAGUAGAAACUACUGCAACUACCAACAAGAUGUAACGCUGAACUUAGGACCAAAAAGGAGGGGUACAGUUUUGAGUUUGCGUUGUAAUUGUGAUGAAUUAGCAGCUAAAGAGUUCAGAUUUUUAUCCUCCUGUCUGCCACAUCAUCUGUAAUCCUUUUAUUUGCAAUCAUGUUGGCUAUAACUCUUCUCUAAGACUUCAAUAUGUCAUCAAAUCUGGUAUUAAAUUUGCCAAAUUGCUGCCUAGUAGCCCAAAAAAUAUAUACAAUCCCAGCUUAAAACAUUCAAAUCACUCAAAGAAUAAAAAGUGAUCAAGCAACAAUCAACUGUCGGUAAGCAAAGAACUUACAGAAGUUCUCCUGUUCAGUCUACUCUUUCCACUGUCAUGAACAUAAAAGUUAGAUUUCUAUUAAAAUUCAGCACAGCAGGAAAUGAAAGACUCACUAAAACUUGUUUUUAUCCAGACAAGUGUAGAUCUGCAGAAUUUUCUCGUGCACUCUUCAACAACUAUAGUGACCAUCACAACAAAGCUGUUUGUUUUUCACCCAGGAGACUGUCGUGACUCAUGUGCAAAACAAAAUCAAUCUUUAUCUUUUCCCCGACCAAACUUAUUAACUAUUCCACCAAACACUGUGCUGAUAUGCUUAGUGAAGAAAAAUCUCCUGGUUGAGGCUAAAAUAACUCUGUAGAGGGAUUUUUAGACUGUAGAAAAGUUUCCCUUAGUCUGACGCGUCAAGACAAGCAGUACGCAUUUAUGCAAGAGUCGCAAGAUUCCUGACUGGUUAGUUCACUCUACUAAUGCUGACAGGCUCGGACAGGACCAAAUCUUCAUUUAUGUGAAAUGAGAUGGACUGUGAUGUUUUAUGUGCUUAACAUUUUUGCCUGAUUGUAGUUGGGCUGAAUUCUCAAGACAGAUCUAGACCAUUCAUUCAUAAACAGAAUAAUAAACAGAGUACCUGUUCUGAAUUUUAAAGUAACUUUUCUUGGCGUAUUUUCACACACUGCUCUCAGUCUUGGAGAUAUGAUUCAAACCAAGCCGAAUGUACCUCAUGGACUACUACAGAGCGAUGAUCCCAUCAUUAUUUUUGAGUGUUGAAUCAUUGUAUGUGAAGCUUGGAUAUUGUUUUGGAUAUUUCUGUUUGCUGCCGUUGUUAUUAGAUGGCAGUGCUGAAAGCAUCAGGACACAAAGCACCACCUCAGAGCCCUACAGAGGACAAACAGGAACAGGGAGGCAGGACAGGGUACAGUGAGCACAUAGAGGCGGGUGACUCUGGCUAAGAGGCAGAGCCUGUCAUCUCUUAAUCAGAGGACUGGCAGUUCCAUCCUGAGGUGUCCUUGGACCAGACACUGAACCCCAAAUCACUCCUAGUAAAAUAUUUGGCUGUAUAUGAAUGGUGUUAGUCAACACUGAUGACCCCCAGCCUUUGCAGUCAGUUUAAGGACUGUGAGUAGUUUAAGGGGCAGUGUCCUAUAACACUGUAUUUUCAUGUCAAAAUCAGUGUUUCUCAUCUGUGUUAAACUCAUCUCUGUAACUCUGUUAUAGAGAGCUCUGUAAGCUUCAUAUGUGCUUUAAUGCAAUGGCACUUUCCAAAGAAACCUGAAAUGAUACCAUUGGUACACCAUUGGUACACCAUUGUUACGUACGAAGAUAUCAGAAGCCCCAUCUCUUGAUCCUGAUUGGUCGGUGGUCAUGAAGGAACAUAGACAAGCAUGUCUAAAACCUGGACUGUAAUGAUGUAUGUCAAGCAGAAGCUUAUAUCUCGUUGUCAACCAUGGUUUGUGAUGCAUAUUAUAUCAUGGUGCGCUCCUAUUUGAGUGAUAUUUGAUAUUUUCUCAUCUGUGUAUAGUCUGGAUAAUUACUGAUAUUAAACAAACAGAUACAGACGUUCCUGAACUUGUUUGGAGGUUAGUAAAUGAUCAUAUUUUGGCCCUGUCAUUUCAGCUCUCUCAAAAAUGACUGGACACAUGCCUCAGUGAGUUCAGUGUUUAUGAGACCUGAUCACAGAACCGACUCAGCUGUGAAGCACUGGUCCCUCUGAGCAGUUUUAAGGGGGGGUGUGAGAGAGAGAGAACGGAUGAAGUGAAGUAGACUGAGACUGAUGCCUUACACUGAAGGAUUGAGGGAUGAGUGUGUCCCUGAAUGACUUGUCUGGCGCCCAAGGUGAUGUUUCCUCACUGCUACUCAGAGUGACGGGCCCUAAUGACACUGCAUGUAAUAAAAUGUGACACUUUCAACCGGCAUCCUCCAAAACUACCAGUGACAGAGUGAUUCCUCUACAGGGGAAUCUUCUAAUAUCUGAUGAAUGUUUAAUACUGCAGCCUGCCGUGCUCCACUAAGCUGUGUCUUUGGACUGUAAAAAGGAACAAAUUUGAGAAUGUCUCACCAAAGACAGAGUUUUAAAUGUCUUGUGUACAUGUCAUGUCACAUGUUUUUGAACUUGGUAUUUACUCCAUGCAAAUGUAACAAAGCUUAAAGUACUACAGGAAUGCAUUUUUGUUGAUUUUUGUUUCUUAACAGGAUUAAAGAAAGUAGGGAAGUUACUUAUGGCUUUUUUUCCCUAACAAAACGACUUAAUUAACCAUCAAAACCAAACUAAAUAUUUGUUUUUAUUUAAGUGCACAAAAUAACGCCUCAUAUUUUAUUUUGAAGGCACAACAGUCACAGGACCCUCCUGAUGGUUCAUCCAGCAACCCCUGCUUUGCUACAGAGAAACAGCUUCACCUGCAGCUCUCUGCAAGUUAUGCAUGUUACGCAUCACACAGACUCUAUAUAUUUAACAGAAUGACUACUUUUGCUCUGUUCUCGACAGAGGACUUAACCAGUGCCUGAGAGUGUUUUCUCAUCAAGUCAGACCCUAACUCGGGGCCAAACGAGGCUCUUCUGGGACUUCCGUAAAGGUGUGUUUCAAACAGCAAAGUGGUGCCUGAAUUAACAGCACUGGAUUUGUUAAGGAAUUAUCGUGUGUAUUUCUUUUUGGGGUGGGUUAUAAUUUUAGGUGCUGCUGUUGAAUGUAAGCGCUCAAAGAGAAAAUCCUGCAAAAUUCUUCUAUGCAUUUAAUAUUUGAUUUUAAUUGUAGCUUGUGAUCUUUUUGUUUAUUUCCACAAAACCAUGCAAACUCAUUAAUGUGACACUAGGCAUUUAUGUCUUUUAAUUUGUAUGUUUUUAAGACUGGUGGCGAAAUCUGUCUGACAGCCUCAGAUUAAUAAUAGAAAUAUAAGCACUGCGGUUAAUUAAGUGUCCAUUGAUGCUACACUGGACAACUGUUUCCAGCUUAAACAGUAGAUCCAUUUUCAGACCAGCCUGCCGACAAGCUGAAGUCUGAGAUGUCAUAUAAAAGGAGAAAUUGCUAUGGGCUCAAAGUCCAGCUUGUAGUGUCUGUUGUUAGUCACUGUGUUUGCAUGUAACAGCAUGUCAGACAUUUUUUUUUAUUUUGGGCAUAAAGAAUUAUUCUAGUGAAGUUUAUCCUUAUACUGACUGUAUGUAGUCUUAACACUGUUGCACUUUGUUGAGCCACUCUUCAAGUUUGUGUUUUUUGUUGCAUGUCAGAAAUUAGCAGGGCGAGCCUCUGAUACUACAUGUUAAAAGUAACAUAACCUUUGAAUUUCACAGUGGUUCCUGACAAAAGUUUCACAUCUGUCCCUACGUUGGAUUUAUUUAUUUUCACAAAGUCCCAAAUCAAAAUAUGUCAAAGGGAGAGCUAAAGAUCAGCCUUUUUUACAACUGUCUUUUAUAGUUAAUAUCCCCCAAAGUUGAUAAAGAUUAGAAUGGCAGCAAUCAGAAAUGGUCAAUUUCAUGAGCUUAAAAAAUUACAAGGUGCAUGGUAUAAAAGGGAUUUUCUCAUGUUUACUUGAUGUGAAUUGCGAGCACUCUUGACUGAUUUUUGCAGCUCAGAAAAUGCAUUUUAAUGAAGCCAUUUAAGGUAUUAAAUCUUCGAUGCAUUGAGAUUUUAGACUGUGUUUACCUCAGAGGGUCGGAUGUGUUUCAUUUCUGCAGAUAUUUUUAAAUUAUUAACCAUUAUCCAAAGCAUGCUUUGUAAAGUCUUAACUACUCGAUGUGCUCAACCUAAACAAGUAGCUUUUCGUGUCUUAAUGAACCCCUGUGUCAAAAUCAUUUCACAGAUUUAAAAAAAACUUUGAAUCCCUGGCUGUGUGAAGGAUGUGUGAUAGGAGUGAUGAAGCUGAAACCUCCAAGUAAAUUAAGUGGGCUGGAAAUGAGGUUUUCAGACCUCGCAUGACCAGCUGUGAUUAAAUUAUUGCUAAGGAAAAAUGUAAGGGCUUUGGCAUGCAAAAUUUAGUGUGAUUUCUGUGUCAUGUUUGUCACUCUAGAGCAGGCCUAGUGUCAUUCAGACUGAAACUUCUGUUUUUUUAUUAUGUACUUUUUAUUUUGUUUGUUUCCUUGCUUGAAUAUUUAAUUUUAUGUUUUUUUCCAUGGUCCAAAAGAUGUGAAGAAAUGCAUCGAGACCAAAAUUUGUAACUACUACCUGUAUUUGUGACAAUAACAAACACAGACUUCUGUUUAUGUUGAAUACAUGAAUAUGUAAUUACACAGAAAAAAAAUGCUUUCAAACUGGAUCAGGCCACUACCUUCAUGUAAAUAACUCAAUAUUGUGUUUAUCUUUUGACUACUGUAUAUGAAUGUUGUUUAACUCUCAAUGUGAAAAGUUGGAAAUACUCAAGUGAAAAGACUGAAUGUGUCUAACAGACUGCUCAAUAAAGAGAACAGAGAAAUGUUUUAUUAACUUUA